GUAUCCUUGCGGUGGCGCGCACGUUUCUAAGCGGGUUCAUAGUGAUAAGCAGUGCAGGGAUCUGCUUGUGUUUGAGUCGCUGCUGAGCGAAAGAUUGUGAGAAGUUUCCAGAUCGCGUUGUUUUUUGGAGUUGCUUUUUAAAUCAGCUUAACCUAGUUAUGGGUAAGAAACAGACCGGAAAGUCCAGAAAGGAGGUUGAGGAGCCUGAGGAGUUUGUGGUGGAGAAGGUGAUGGACCAGCGGCUGGUCAACGGGAAGGUGGAGUUUUUCCUCAAGUGGAAAGGAUUUCCAGAUACUGAUAACACUUGGGAGCCUGAAGAAAAUCUUGAUUGCCCAGAGUUAAUUUCUGCCUUCUUGGAGUCACAAAAAGGUGUGGUUGAGAACCCUGACUCUAACAAGAGGAAGUCCUCCACAGAUGAGCCAGAGACUGAGGAGAGCAAGGCCAAGAGGAAGAAAGAGUUGAAUGAAAAACCAAGGGGGUUUGCAAGGAAUUUGGAACCGGAGCGGAUCAUAGGGGCAACAGAUAGCAGUGGAGAACUGAUGUUUCUCAUGAAAUGGAAGGAUUCAGAUGAGGCAGACUUGGUGCCAGCAAAAGAGGCCAAUACACACUGCCCACAGGUGGUCAUUGCUUUUUAUGAAGAGAGGCUAACCUGGCACUCAUGUCCAGAGGAUGAACAGCACUAGUAUUUUACAAAAGAUCUUAUAACUAUCAUAAACCUAAAGCUCUGUAUAAGCCAUCAUAUGCAGUCUGUGGCCAGAAUGCUUUUUUGUUUUGUGCUUCACUAUGGACAGCAUGACUGUUUUUACUGUCUGCGUUGGACAUAGAGACCAGGGAGACAAAAGGAUUUUAAGCUGAAAAUGACGAUUGUUUUGUUUGAUACAUUUGUUUAUAGACUUCAGUUUGCCCAUUUCCAUUCUCUUCUUAUAAUUCUAUUGUGUUGGGUUCAUGUUUGGCCUGACUGAAUAGUUCUGCUGUAUAUUUUCUGUAAAUAUUUUUUCAGAAUACAGAAAAGGUUCAAUUAAAGGUGCCUUUCUUUUAA